AUGGUCGCAUUGAUCUCUGCACUGGUGUACCCAUUUCAUGCCGUCACAGUGUGUCAGGCACAGCGCACCUCCAUUGCCUGUUCCCAGAGGCAAGAUCUGUACGCCCUUGUCGGCACUUUCGUUCAAGACUGCGAGUCGCACAUCACGGAAGCGGGAUUGCAGGCGGUGGCUCGGCUGAGUCACCUUGCGGCCCUGAAGUUGGAAACCUACUCUCUGCCGUACUCACCCAUCUCCUUCAAGGCCAUGUUGGAACACCUGGGAAGCCUGAGGUUGUUCUCCAUGAACACCACCUGGUCAUUCUCCAACGAACACCUUCAGUGUCUGGCAGACAGCCCCUGCGCCCCUUUCCUGGAAGAACUGGACCUGUCGCGGACCAGCAUCGCCACAGGUACGGACAGCAAUGCCUGGGCCAUACUGCUCUCGUUCCCCUCCCUGCGGAGACUGCGUCUUGCCAACUGCCGCCUGGAUGCAAACAGGCGGGGGUCGGCAGCCAUUGCUGCUCUGCUGCGACACCUGGACCUUUUGGAGGAGCUGGACAUCUGCCACACCCCCGAGCUGAGCGCCAAGGCGCUGCGCCUGGUCCUGGCCGCCAGCGGCGCCGGGCUGCGCGCACUGACCCUGGAGCUGCCCGCCGGGCGGCUCACGCGGCUGCCCCCGCCUCCCCGCGUGCUCGCGCUACGCACGCUGCGCCUGCGUGCCCCCGGCGUCGACGCCGCCAGCGUGCUGCCCAUCCUCCGUGCCUGCGCGCCCAGCCUGGUCCACCUGGACGCCAGCUUCGCGCUGGCUGACUGCACCGUCUCGACGGGCGCCGUGGCCGCCACGCUGGGCGCGCUGCGCGGCCUGCACGAGCUCAGCUUGCGCGACUGCGCGGGACUGCGCAAGGGACACCUGGCCUCGCUGGGCACGCUGACCGACCUGCGCCAGUUGGAGGUGCACGCGGAGCUGCGGGCCGGGAAACCGCCCGGGGAGCUGGCGGGGCUGGGGCGCCUGCAGGCCCUGGAGAGCCUGCGCCUGCAGGGCGUCCGCCCCGACCCCGCCGACCUCCCGGACCUGCGCGGCCUGAGGGCCCUGUGCCUCGACACCCGCGAAGACGCGCGGUGGAUGCGGCGCGCGGCGGCCGUGGGGCCCUGCCCCCAGGUGCGCAGCCUCGCCCUGGUCGGGCGCGUCCAGCUGGGCCAGCUGGGCUGGGCGGUCGAGGCCUUCCCCGGUCUGCAGAGGGUGGACGUCAUCUGCAAUGGCACGGUCCCCAACCUGGAGCUGCUGGCUCUGCAGGAGCUCCCCCGCCUCCAUUGUCUCAGCGUCAGAAGCGCCGGAGGGAACGCAUCCCUAUCGUUGGGGUGGGUCUGGGAGGUGUUCCCGGCGCUGGAGCGGCUCAACAGCAGGUGGCGCGGGGAGGUUUUCCACGAGGAGGAGGUGGAGAGCUGGGUGUUGCACCGCUACCGGGCCCUGCUGAAGCGACGGCUGGGUGCCCCAUUGUAG